AUGGCACCCGUCCAGACGCAGACCAUGACGACUCACCACUUCGACAACCCCGUCACAGUGAUCCGAGCCUCGGGACGGAUAUCCAGACCACCAGCCCGCUCGACACGCACCCAGAACAAGGCGCUUCUCUCGCACUCGCCACAGGUCCCCACAGCACACCCAGACAUCAACAUCACAUUACUCCGCAACAAGCUGCUCCUGCAAUGCCGCCGCUACCUGCCGUCGGACCUGCUGCACGAGGCAUUGGCAGACGGCAUCUACUCACGCGCCACGCAUUGGAUAACGCCAUGCUCGAGCGCAGCGUCCAAGUUUGGCAAGCGGAAACGGUACUACGUGCUCGACUCGUCGACAUUCGAGUUCCAGUCGCUUGGCAGCGCGUGGGAGGCGCGGAUCCUGUCUGGCGGCAGCCAGCCCAUUGACGCGGGCAACGGCGUGGUGAUUUUUGUCAAGGAGCGAAAGGAGUGGAAUGCCUUUAUGGCGGGGUACAGGAGGCAGGGCAAGCGGGCGGGGCAGUUGAUGAAGCUCAAGCAAAAGGACACGGAGAGAGACUGGAGAAAUGCGUGGAAGCGGAAAUGCGGCAUGGAUGAGGGCGGCGGCAAGGAAGUCAACGCCGGGCCCAUGUGGGUGCUUGUCAAGAGCGCCAUUGUGAAGAUUGUCAAAGGCGAGGCCUGA